AAUAAUUCAUAUUUAAGAAAAUGAAAUUUUUUGAUUUUAUUUAAUUUUUAUAGAAAAAAUAAAACCCUUUCUACUUUUACGAUGAAGUGAAUUACACCGUAAUGAUUGAUAAUAAUAAAAAUAAAAAUGAGGAGGAAUGCAACGAUGAAGCUCAAGCUAAAUGGUCGUGUCCUCCUAUAAAGAACGUAACGCAUCCUUUGCGCUAUUACGAGUUUACGCAGGAAGAAAUUAAAGCACUCGAAGAAUGUGACAAAGAAAGUUUCUACCAGCGCUGCUUACCGUUUAGUACUUUUUUUGCUGCCAUCACUUACGCUGGUGUUAAAAAUGGUACCCUUAAACCAAACCCUCGUUUUGGUGCUAUUCCUAAAGUGACAUUGGCUGUGAUUGUCGGCUACUUCCUUGGCAAACUGUCUUACCAGCGCGCCUGUGCUGAGAAGCUUAUGGCGAUACCUAACAGCUACAUAGGACAACUGUUGAGAGAGAAAAAGCAAGGGAGGCUGGGGAUAGUUCCGAAACGUACUCCAACCAUGUUUGGAGCUACAUCUGACGAUGUGUAUUCCGAUGCUGGUCCCGGUAGUUCCUUAGAUCUCGAUACAGAUCGCCCACUCUUUAAUGACGACUCAUUUAGACCAGGUUCUGAUUCAGGUUCAUCCAAUAUUCCAGAGGGCACACCCUCAAGGCCUAUCCUGUCCUAUGACGAGCUACGUCGCAAAAAUCGCACCGAGUACUCUGAUUCCCGCCAAGACCCAUACAAAAUGGAACCCAACAUAGUACCAUCAGUAAGCAGAACUCAGCCAGCUCCACCUCAAUCAUCAUCUACAAACAAAUAUGGUGAUAUUAUGGAAUAAAAACAAUUCUAAAUUUACAAGCACAGUACUAGUAAUGUAGAAUCUAUAAGAAUUUUCUUAAAAAUAAAUUUAAAUAAUAUGAGCCAAUUAGGAAGUAGAUGGCUUGCAAACAUUAGUAUAAAACAACAAAAAGGAGAUUCGAAUGUCAAUAUGAAGUAUUUCCAUUGCUAGUCCCGUUGAAGCCAGGUUUAAUUGUAUGAAGUGUCAUUUCAUUGCCUUAUUAACAGCAAUAAUAGAAAAAUAUAUUUAAAAUGUAAGUAAUUUUCCAUGUUAAAGUAUUUACAAAUGUUACAACUCACAACUGUGGUAGCUGUAUCACAGCCAUAUUGUGCCUUUAUGCAACCGUUAAUAGUCAAAUUAUAUACAAUGUUUCAUGUAAUUAAUUUCAUAUACACUGAUUAUAAAUAUACAGUUUUGUACAAGUAAUGUUUGGUGAAAAGAAAGCAAUAUAAUAUAAUGAUAAAAUUCUUCAUAAUUCUAAUGUUCUUGCAUUGCUAUUUGCUACAGCAUAAUUUUGUUUAUAGGUUAGUAAUGUGAAUGUAAGUAAUAAAGUAGAUAAGGGUUUA